UAUCCAAAAAUUCGCUCAUACAGUAUUAAUAAAAAUAUCUAGAGCUUUGGCUCCCUAUUUAUGCUUAUAGCAUUGUUCCUGAUCCAUUCCGGCGGCUUGCAGAGUAUCAUCCACUAUUGACAUUCCCUGGUCUCAAGCGACCUCUUCAAGCCCACUCACCCAAAAAGCUUGCAUCGAUCACUCCUGGUACGGAAAGGAUUCAAGCCAGUUCUCCAUUGUCUCUCCUAUGCAAUGCCCCUACGCAUUGAAUUUUAUCCGUCAAUGGAUGCCCAUCUUCUGAAGCCAGAAGUACUCCUGUGGAGUAAUCCUCCGGCGUUGCCUCCGCACCUCACCGCAGAAACGAACGACCCCCAUGUCCAACCCUCACCGUCUCAAAUGCUGGUUAUCAAGCCAACAUCUCCCCCUGAACACCGCUUCUUCAUGUACUCAUACACCAACUUCUCCCAGCCUCCCACCUAGAUUUUGCGGUGUGGAGAUCCCACCCAGAGUAGUAGAUACUAUCGGCACGGAACAUUUCUGCUUCUCGUUGAACGACUUCAACCAAAAAACUUCGAUCCAAGGUAUCGGUAUCUACCGAUGUUCUUACCUACCAGUUCAAGCGGUGUUCGGGUUAUUUGGAUACCAACUCCGUCCCAUAUGCACUUGGUCCUGAGUCCCAUUCUCCGCUCAUUCGGUGGAAGUAGGUUGUCAGUCAUGCGGUCCACCUUCGAGACCCAGACUGACGGGUCGUUGACCUUUGCAUCCGUAUGCAAUGUGGGCACACAACAAGAAGUCUUAUUUUACGGACUGGGGACAUUCACAGGACGACGGCCAAGCGGGGUCAUGCAAAUUGUGGAUCAGUGGACUUGACUCUGUGCUGCUGUUGCUGUCGUGGGUGGGACGAAGUUUCUUGGUGUUCUUUCUCGGCCAAGAGAUUGAAGUCGGCACGGGUACUGUACUCGAACUGUACUCAUUCGUGAGUGAGGCCAGUCUAUUAGACACAAACCAAGUAUAUCUUACUCCUUCCUUGUCACCCUGAGCAAUAACUAACCCAGUCUGCUCUGUAAGCAAUCAAAUCCAACACACUCAGACACUUACUGACCAUAGUGGGGUUGCUUACCAUGCCGUCACAGCCACAUCAGCGCUACUAUAUCAAUCCCUAUCAGCUCCACAUCCGUAUUUCGUUUCCAUUCCAGCACACCAUCAUCAACCUUCCAAAAGCCUCACCGCUCAAUGGCUGAGCAGACAAUCCCGGAUACAGAUGGCAUCACAAACAUAGAUUGUUCUGACGGGUCGUCUUUGUUACCUUCUUUGCUUCGCAUGUCCGUGGCUCAGGAAGCAGAGACUCCUCUGACUGUUGCGAACCAAUUGGAAAUACAAGCUGCACAUCGAAUGCUUGUCUAAUCCCCCAUUCUUCAUAUCACAGGCUUUUUGACAUCUCGGUGGACUAGCUGGGAUUCUGGGCAGGCUGUCAGGCAUCCUCACUAAUGCAGUGGCACCACUUGCCCCAGAUUCCCACAUAUCGGUGUGCAGCUUCAGUCCGACGGAGCACUUCCUGUUCGCCGGUACAUUUUUCUCUUGCAUCCACAAUGAAAAAGAUCCCAUUUUUUCUCUCUCGCCCCAGGAGGACUUUUUUCAAUUGAUGAUAGUGGACUUAGUGGAGCGCAAAUCACUGUACUUUUAGCCUACCUAGUGCAGCUCCCGUCGACGACCUUCUUCUUUCGCUUAGUCCACUUCCUCUGUGGCCAUUCAUGAAUUUCCCUCCUCCCCCACCACUCCAUAAGUGAAGCUCUUCUAGGUCCCGCCUGUCCUCGAUUCUUCCAAGAGCUGUACGAGCGGCCAGCUGCAUAUAUCACCAAUCCAUCCCAAAACAGCACGCCUUUUCGCCCAUCCGCAUCGCUCGCCGGUGACUCAACCAUACCAGCACUAAACCACCAAGCACCAAAUCUAAUCUCAGACGGCGCCAUCCCCAGUCGCACCCGGGGCUACACAAAACCAACUAAUCCCCGAGCAGAAAGAGAAAGACAAAAAAGUUAUACCGUCUGACGGCAAUUAAAUAAAGGUCAUCACUUUUUGAUUCAUCCAACCUCGCCUCGACGAAAAAAAAAGUCUAUUCGGUGACUGUUCCUGGCCAGACCACCACAUUAAAGCUUGAAUUUCCUGUCCUCCAUCCAAGCAUGCUCUCUAAUCCCCAACCUCCACCACAAUAAUAACCACAGGACAAACCAAGAUGCUCGAGAACAUAUCGACAUCACUUGCCGCCGGAUCGUCCAGCCUCCUCCUGGUCGCUCUGCUCACCGCGCCCUCACUCGUCAGCAUCGCAUCCCACUUAUGGAGCCCGAAGAGAUCGAUACCAAAGAUCUACAAGGAUAAAGAUGGAGUCGCCACCGAGAGAUCCGUAGAGGAAUAUUCCGCCAAGAUCCCAAAGACGUUCCUUGGCAUCUUCACAAUUGCUGGAUUGGGCUGUUCGAUUGCUCUGGCUGUUCGGGCGUCAAUAGAAGGGUGGGAUGGCUUGUUCGUGGAGAAUUGGCUGAAUGUCGCGCAAUGGGCUUUGAUUACCGUCCAAGCAGCUAGCAUUAUUCUCACUCGAGAUUAUCUCAGAAGUUACAGUCUUGGGAUAUAUUCCGCACUUUCGUCAAUUUUUCUCCUAGCUGUACUUCUCUUCCAGGAUGGACUCAUCGCUCGAGAAACACCAUCUGGAGAGAGUUUCGGGACCACGGAGCAACUCAGUCUGCAAAUCGCCCAACUCGGCCUCAUCCUCCUGGUCGCAGUAUUCAGCAUCUCCUUACCCCGACGACCAGAGGUGUUUCACGAUGGCGUGCCAGUCGAUGGGAUGAACACCGUUUCCGCCCUUGGGAAGUACACCUUCGGGUGGGUGGAACACCUGUUAGUUCUCUCGAGGAAGAAGAAUCGCCUUGAGCUGGAGGAUCUCCCGAAAAUGGAUCAGUAUACAAGAUCGAAAGACUUGAGCGAAGCGUGGGCGGCGACGUCUCAUGAGAAGAAGCUGUGGAUUGAGAUUUUCUUGGAGCAUAAAUGGUCGUUUAUGGUACAAUGGUUUCUGACCCUUCUUCAAGCAUUCGGGAAUUUCGCGCCGCAGUUCGUGACGUACCAUAUCCUCAAGAUUCUGGAGAAGAGGUUACCGGGAGAUGCAGUGAGCUUUGAGGCAUGGAUCUGGGUGGUUACGUUGACUAUCGCAACCAUUGGAGCAGCGUGGAUCGAAUCCUGGCUUUUCUGGAUUUCCUGGUCUGAAGUUGCUAUUCCUAUCCGAGCUCAACUCGCAGCUUUGAUUUUUCAAAAGGCCAUGAGACGUAAAGAUGUCAAGGGGGCUUCGAAAUCCGCCAAGAAGGACACUCCAGCUGGACCUGAUAUGGCAGAUGCUUCAGAAGCUGCGACUGCAGGCGACAAGCCCGAGCUCGAGGAAGACGAAGCCGAUCCAAAGAGCAAACAGAACACCGUCAACUUGAUUGGCGUGGAUGCCAAGCGUGUAGCUGAUUUCUGCUCGUUCAACAAUUACUUCCCAGGCAGUCUGUUUAAGCUAAUUGUCUCAUUCGCUUUCCUGCUAAGUAUCAUCGGGUGGCAAGCUUUGUUGUCCGGUUUCCUAGCCAUGUCACUCACGAUCCCUCUCAACAUUGUCUUCAGCAGACGGUACGCAGCUGCUCAGGAUCGACUGAUGAAGGUCAGGGAUACGAAGAUGGGUGUUGUCACGGAAGCAUUACAGGGGAUUAGGCAGAUCAAGUUCUCUGCUUUGGAGGCGAACUGGCAUGAGAAGAUUGGAAAGGUGCGCCGGAAGGAGUUGGAUGAGCAGUGGAAUGUUUUCGUCUCGGACACUUUCCUGCUCUUCUGUUGGAUUUCCAGUCCGAUUGCUCUUGCUGCAACGUCACUUGCAGUUUAUGCUUGGAAGUACGGAGAAUUGACUCCUUCGGUUGCUUUCACUGCAAUCGGUGUCUUUGCCAGCUUGGAGGUAACUCUUGCAGUCAUCCCGGAACUGACCACAGAUUUGAUUGAUGCUUUCAUUUCCGUGGAACGAAUUGAGAAAUAUUUGGCGGCUCCGGAAAUUUCCAAGAAUACCAACCAUGCACAUAAUAUCUCUUUUGAAGAUGCCUCCAUUGCAUGGCCAUCAGACGAAGAGAAGGAAGACGAUGAUCUGCGAUACGUUCUACGAAAUAUCAACGUUUCGUUCCCAGAGAAUGAGCUCAGUGUUGUGAGUGGAAAGACAGGCACAGGAAAAUCUCUUCUUCUGGCCGCAAUACUUGGAGAAGUCGAUCUCCUAGACGGCAGGAUCAAUGUCCCUCAACCACCACAGACUAGAGACCGUCACGACCACUUGGCCAACAAGGAUAAUUGGAUAAUCCCAUCGGCUGUUGCAUUCGUUGCGCAAAUCCCAUGGAUCGAGAAUGCCAGCAUCAAGGACAACAUCCUGUUCGGUCUCCCAUACGAUGAGUACAGAUACAAGAAAGUCAUCGAAGUGUGCGCGUUGAAGAAAGAUCUUGAAAUGUUGACCGACGGUGAAGCUACUGAGAUUGGUGCUAACGGAAUCAAUCUGAGCGGCGGACAGCGAUGGAGAGUCACAUUCGCGCGUGCAUUGUACUCUCGUGCAGGUAUACUGGUUCUGGACGAUAUUUUCAGUGCCGUCGAUGCACAUGUCGGUCGAUUUAUUUUCGAAAAGGGUCUCACAGGCGAGUUGGGAGUCGGUCGUACCAGGAUUCUGGUCACUCAUCACGUCGCGCUCUGUGCAUCGAAGACCAAGUACAUUGUCGAGCUUGGUGACGGCACAAUUGCUCAAGCGGGGUUGGUCUCCGAACUCGAAAAUGACGGAACUUUGCAACAGAUCAUCAGCCAUGAAGAAAACGAGUCUGAAAUUGUGGAAGACGAGGAUCCAACUGCCGUCAACUCCGCGGAGUCCUCAGAUGGCGACGCUGCUGAGAUUGUGGAACCAUUGAAGAAGAUCGAUUCGAAGGCAGUACCGAAAAAAUUUGUCGAGGAUGAGCUUCGCGAGCAGGGCCGUGUCAAGACGAGGAUUUACUUGGAUUACAUGAAGUACAGUGGUGGAUUGCCGUUCUGGUCUAUUGCAUUACUGGCAUUCUCCCUCCUCCAGAUCAUCGUUACGGGACGUGCAUGGUGGAUUCGACUCUGGACUGGGAACAACGAGAAGAGACAUACCAGCAUGAUACAUGCGUUCACAUAUUCAUACCAGGUCCAUGAUCUGUCUCCACAUCAACCAGACAAAACUCUCAGCACGACGGAUAGUCAGUCCGAUAACUUGAGGUUCUACCUUGGCAUUUACAUUGCUUUCUCGGUUGCGUCUAUCAUCGUUGGACUUUUCAGGUAUUACUUUAUAUACACUGGUUCUAUUCGAGCAUCUCGCCGUAUGUUCGACGGUCUCAGUUUCACGAUUCUACGAACGCCGCUACGAUGGAUGGACACAGUUCCACUAGGAAGAAUCUUGAAUCGCUUCACAGCAGAUUUCAAUGUUGUUGACUCCCGCUUAGCUAAUGAUAUUGGAUUUGGAGCAAACAAUCUCUUCCGAUUGAUUGGUGUUAUCGUCGCUGGGUAAGUCCAUGCGCUCCCUAUUCGAUUUGUAUCUAACAGUCCUAGAAUAUUUGUCUCGCCCUACGUGAUCCUCCUCUCUGUCAUUCUUCUCGCGAUAUGCAUCCAAAUCGCCCGUAUUUACCUUUCUGGAGCGCGAGAAGUCAAACGUCUCGAAUCGAAUGCCAAAUCUCCCGUUUUUGAACAAUUCGGAAGUGCUCUCACAGGAGUAGGGACGAUUCGCGCAUUCGACAAAUGUGAUGUUUACAUUGCUCGCAUGUUCCGCAAGAUCGAUGACCACUCUACUUCAUUCUGGCAUCUCUGGGCUUUCAACAGAUGGAUGGGAUGGAGGAUGUCUGCUGUAGGAGGACUGUUCGCGACAUUCGUAGCCAUCAUGAUCUUGCUCAUCGGGGGCAUCGACGCAUCGCUCGCAGGAUUCGCUCUCAGCUUUGCACUGGAGUAUGGUCAAGUCGUUAUCUGGACGAUCAGACAUUAUACGAACCUCGAACUCGACAUGAACGCCGCAGAGAGAAUCAUUGAAUAUAGCAACCUCCCCACCGAAUCCCUCGACGGCGCCGACCCACCCGCCGCCUGGCCUAGCGAAGGCAGACUCGAAGUCAACGACCUCGUCGUCGGGUAUGCUCCUGAUCUUCCACCCGUGCUAAAAGGCCUCACAUUCUCCGUCGAGCGCAAUGAACGAGUCGGUGUAGUCGGCCGUACCGGAGCAGGAAAGUCCUCCCUCACACUCGCACUUUUCCGAUUCCUCGAAGCCCGCGAAGGUUCAAUCCACAUCGACGGUCUCGACAUUUCCAAAAUCAAACUCCACGCCCUGCGCUCCCGACUAGCCAUCAUCCCUCAAGACCCAGUCCUAUUCAGCGGCACCGUCCGCAGCAACCUCGACGCCUUCGACGAGCACGAAGACAUCGAGCUCCGCGACGCCCUGCAACGAGUGCACCUCGUCUCCGCCGAAGAAGCAGAAUCCAUCUCCCACUCCCUCAUCACCACCGGCACAACCACACCCCUCGCCGGCACAGGUGCCCAAUCCCCUACCUCAAGCUCAAACCCAAACCCAACUAUAAACCUCAACAAAAACCCCUUCACCUCCCUCUCCUCGCCCAUCUCCGAAGGCGGUCUCAACCUCUCCCAAGGCCAACGCCAACUCCUCUGCCUCGCGCGCGCCAUCGUCUCCCGCCCCAAAAUCAUGGUUCUCGACGAAGCGACCAGCGCAGUAGACAUGGCGACCGAUGCCUUGAUCCAGCGGAGUAUCCGGGAAGAGUUUGGAGACUCGACGCUGAUUGUUAUUGCGCACCGGCUGAGCACGAUUGCGGAUUUCGAUAAGAUUCUUGUGAUGGGGGAGGGGAGGGUGGAGG